UCUUACUGCUAUACAAAAGUGUAGCCUUUGUGAACAGAAAGAACAAAACCCACACCUUACCAAUAAUGAACUAGCAAAAAUUUAUCAGAUUGGCAAAUUAACUCCAAAAUUAGAAGAUGCACUUGGUCUAUGGGUUGAUAAUGCACUUGAAAGUAAUCAGGAUAUUGAUGAUGAUAUAGUAAAAGAGCUUUCAGAAUAUAAUAUCUAUUAUACACUAAUUAAUGCCACAGAGACAUGGUCAAUGGUAUUGUCUGAAACAAUUAUUAAUUGUUGGAAAAAAACUGGUAUUCUUCUAAUUCAAGAAGCAGAAAUGCAAGAAAUCAAUUAUAAAUACAAUGAAGAAUUUUUUAGAAAUGAUGAUGAACUUGAAAUUUUGAUUAAUAAGUUAUCUGAAAAUAAUUAUUUAAGUGCCUUUGAAUACAUUUGUAUUGAAGAUACAGUUGUUGUAAGAAGUCUUACAGAUAAUGAUAUAUUGGAAGUAGUAGCUGAUAAUGCUAAGAAUAAAGUUGAGCAACUUAUUAGUAAAAUAAAGGAGAAGGUGAAUUAUAUUGAAGCAGAGAUAGCAGUUGACACAGUUUUGAGAUUCUUAUAUAAACAAGAAGAAGAGUUUGGCAAAGUUGAAGAAAAGACAAAAAUUUUAAGAAAAUUAUAUAGAAAAGUUAGAUUAUUCUAUAUAAAAAAUCUUAAGCAAUUAGAUCUUCAUUAUUUUAUAUCUGAAUAA